GCUUAAAAUGGAAGUGAAGAAACCGGACGAAACAAGUCCAUGAUGGUGUCAACUUUAAGGGCCUUUGCCCCUACUUUCAAUCGCUACCCGUCUCGCGCCUUUUCAAUCAAAACCCAGAUGGGUUCCAUCACCAGAAACCCCGACGCCCACUCCUCCACCUCUAAACCAACAGAAACUCCGAUCACCUUGCAGGAGUGGCAGGGUUGGGGCUCCACCUCUCCUGUUCCCACCAUGGUUACGGAAAUUAUAGACGAAUUGAAGGUCUUGGAGAAAAAUCUUGAUGCCCAAAUGAGUUUUGGUGGUAAUGGCGGCAAACUUCAGGGAUAUUUCAAAACUCAGGAGGACAAAAAACACCGAGCUACAUAUAAGGCUCUAGGUAGUUCUGAGCAGAAACUGCAAUUCUUUUCUGCUCAACAAAUUGCAUGUCGUUUACUUGGGAGCCGGGAUUAUCUUUGUCAAAAGUGCUGGCUGCCUGUUGAGGAUUGUAUGUGUUCAAGAGUCAAGCAUUAUUCUCUAUGGGAUGGAGCACGGUUUUGGCUAUAUAUGCAUCCAAAGGAUUUUCUGUGGCAGAACAACACAGGGAAGUUGCUAUUUCAAGUAUUUGGUGUAGAAGCCACAACUUUGUCCCUAUACGGUAUCGCUGAACAUGAAGAAAUUAUGUGGAAUGCAUUCGGCAGGUUUCCGUGUCCUAGAGGUGUCUCCAGCUGUUUGGGAGGUUCCUCCUAUUAGAUGUGUGUUGUUUGGCAACAAGCACAACUCACUCUUGUGAUCGACGUCCCUAAGAGUUUCCUGGUCUUCCACCACUGGCAAUCAAAGCUGUACUUUGGUAAAAGCAAAGUUUGUUGCCUUUAUCCCAACAAGAAUGCAACUUCCAAAGGUGUUCCGGAGGCCUUCAGCUCUCAACUAAGCAAGAAAACACACAGCAAAUGUUGAUCAUGCCGUAAUGUUCUAGUUGAUUCUGCUCGUAGACUGAUGGAGAGGGAAUUCUGAAUUUGUUUUUUGAUUGACGGUACUUGGAGCAACUCUGCUGCAAUUUUCAACCGACUUAAGGAGCAAGCUAUAUUGGUUUGGGGGGAGGACAUUCCAUGCAUGUCAUUGUCUACGGGGUCCUCUGCAAUGCAUAAACUCAGGCCUCAACCAUCAUGGGACCGUACCUGCACUGCUGCAGCGGCAGCUAGCCUACUCUCUGAGCUUCAACUCGUUCCAAAGUUCAGCUCUGUUGAAUUCGGAAAACAGGGUGAAGCAUUGGAAGAUGCUCCGGAAGUAUUGUUAGAAGCUCUCACUGCUCGACGUAUUCGGAUGGGGUGGUCCAUCACCCGUAAAGUAAGACAUGCAAGCAGUUUUUGCUAAUAAAAAACGAUGUUACUUGAAACACCUGAGGUGCAUGAAAUUUUUUCAUACUUUUAUUGGUAGAUCUACGCUAACAUGAUGACUUCAGAAGCGGCUUGAUUUAAAUCUUUUCAUUACACUUUUAGGAUAUCAAAAUAUUAACCUUGUAAUUUAUCAUUUGAUCAUACAUUAAUUUACAUUUGAAGAGAGUUGUCUAA